AUGAACCCUAACCUUGAAUAUUUUCAAAGAGCACGGGGACGGAGUAUAAAUUGCGUUCGAAAUGCGGAGGCCUUUUGGCAUACUAAGAACACAACACUUACCAUUAGCUCUCUAGAAAUGGCACCAAACAAGAUUGAAGAGCCCUCAUUUCAGGAGAUGGUCAAAAUGUUUGCGAAAGAGGCUGUUCCUCAUGUUCAAAAGAAGCUAUUAACUGAAUUACCCUUCAAAGGUUCGACAACCGAGAAGGAGCACUACAUCAAGGGCAUCAUGAUGGCUAUGGAACAAUGUGAUAAUGUUUUGGAGUUUAACUUUCCCAUUAAAUUGGACAAUGGUGAAUUCGAGAUCAUUCAGGGAUGGCGUGCGCAGCACUCUCAUCACGUUACACCAUGUAAGGGAGGCAUUCGCUUUGCAUCGGACGUCAAUAUGAAUGAGGUCAAGGCUCUGGCAAGUCUGAUGACCUAUAAGUGCAGUGUUGUCGAUGUGCCUUAUGGUGGUGCUAAGGCUGGUGUAAAGAUCGAUCCUUCAAAGUAUUCAUUGGGCGAACUAGAAAGGAUCUGCCGCCGAUUUGCACUCGAGUUGGCAAAGAAGAACUUUAUGGGUCCUACUUCUGAUGUACCUGCUCCUGAUGUAGGCACGGGUGAAAAAGAGAUGGCGUGGAUCGCCGACACCUAUGCCAAUACCAUUGGACUUGGCGACAUUAAUGCUUUGGGUUGUGUCACUGGAAAGCCUGUGCAGUAUGGCGGUGUGGAAGGUCGUACUGCUGCAACUGGACUUGGUCUUUCUUUUGGUAUAAGAAACUUUCUUAACUCGGCGAAGAACUGCAAGGCUUGCGGUCUCGAUAAGCCAGGCGUCGCUGGCAAAACAAUAAUUAUUCAGGGUUUCGGUAAUGUUGGGUCGUAUUCUUUUCGAUUCCUUCAAGAAGAAGGCGCCAAGAUCAUUGGUGUGAUUGAAAUUGAUACGGCUCUCUAUGAUUCCAGUGGGAUAGACUUCAAAGAGCUUAUCGAAUAUAGAAAUGCUCAUGGUGGCUUAAAAGGAUUUCCCAAUGCCAAGGAGGUUGAUCGGAAGGAGCUGAUGUGCAAUGAGUGCGAUGUUCUCAUCUGUGCGGCUCUGCAGAAACAAAUCACCGCUGAGAAUGUGGACAUGAUUAAAGCAAAAGUGAUUGCUGAGGGAGCUAAUGGUCCCACCACUUUCUACGCCCACAAGCAGCUUCUGAAUCGCAAUAUUAUGGUCAUUCCUGAUCUCUACUUGAAUAGUGGAGGAGUUACCGUUUCAUACUUUGAAUGGCUAAAGAAUUUGAACCACGUUAGCUUUGGUCGUCUUAAUUUCAAAUACGAGAAGGAGAAUGCCAUGUGUCUUCUUCGCAACAUUGAAACAGACCUUGGAAAGUCAGUGAAACCGUCCAAGGAGCUGUCUAGUCGCAUGGAUAACGCCUCAGAAUUGGACAUCGUCAAUUCUGGCCUCGAAUAUACAAUGGAACGCGCAGCGAACCAGAUAAUGGAAGUUGCUGAGCGCUAUAAUCUAGGCCUAGAUUUUCGUACUGCUGCCUACAUUCUGGCCGUAGAGAAGUUCAGCAAGACGGGUGGUGAAUGUCUUUUCUCUUGGUGA